AUCAGCUGCCGGUUCUGUUUGUUAUUCAACCAAAGUGGAGGAGCAAAGAACCCAUAAAACAAUGGAAUUUCUGACUAAAGUGUGGGCCAAGGAGGCAGUAACUCCCGUCGAAAUAGAAGCAACCACCGGCACAGCGCAGAAAAAAACCAGUCCACAGCCAGAUAAAGCACCUGCAAGUAAAGAAUCCUCUGAGGAAACGACCACCGCUCAGAAGGAUUGGGGUUAUGACCUAUAUCCAGAGCGAAGGGGUGAAACCUUCAAGCCCAAAUGGACACGGGUACUGUUCGGAAUGGAGGGCCAGGAGAAUCUGGAUCGCUUCAAGUGCGAGGAGAAUGUCUAUUGGUGUGUCAAGAACGGUCCGCUGGUGAAACUGAUGAUGGGAGCCCUGAAGAGCUCCGGUUGUCCCAUCGAUUUGCGUCGCCACAUCUCCUGCGAGGUGUGCGAUCCAUCGGUCACCGGCGGCUACGAUCCCAAGCUCAACCAGAUUGUGGUGUGCCAGAAUAUGGCCAAGAACAAGAGCAUGGUCCAUGGAGUGCUCACCCACGAGAUGAUUCACAUGUUCGACUAUUGCAACAAUGAUAUGGACUUUCGGAACGUAGACCACCUGGCCUGCACGGAGAUCAGGGCGGCGAACCUGGCACAUUGCUCCUUUUUGAGCGCCAUGUUCCAAGGAGACGCCUCGCCAUUCAAUGUCAAGGAGGCGCAUCAGAAUUGUGUCAAGUCCAAAGCCCUGGCUUCUGUACUGGCUGUGCGGAAUAUAACCAAAGCAGAUGCCAUCGCUGCUGUGGAACGAGUUUUCCCCAAAUGCUAUGCCGAUCUGGAGCCCAUUGGCCGGCGAAUUCGACGCAAUUCCACGGACCAGCAGAAGGCCUACAUGGAGGGACCCAUGUACGGCUAUGAUGUAUAUUAAAUUGUUGUAUAUGAUUUCGUUUUUAAGUACCUACACAAAAAAGUUGAAUAAAACUAUGUUUUAAGCCAUGGAAA